AGCACUCCUGCUUUCUUUGAAAGGAUAGACCCUCCCGCAACUUGGAUUCUACCCCUGAGUGAACCUCCUCAUCGUCAUCAUCCCAACGAUAAUAUCUAGACCUUACAUGUACCAAUUCUCUAUUUUGUAGUCUGGUUUUACCUUCUACUUCUUCCUUCUAAUCGCCGAGGAGAAGAAACUUCUGGCCUUUAUCUAUCAUUUAUUUUUAUCAAUUUUCAAUGCUAGGUAGUACAACGAAAACCAUGACCCAGCCCCUCCCGACCCUUUUCCACGUGACGCGUGCCCAGAGAUGGCAGAGCGAAGCGGACGUGGUCGCAGCCUUUUCUGCGGACGAAGUGCGCCUCGUUUUCGACGACCUCGGCCUGGAAGUUCGGUUUGUCGGUGGGCGACGCGAGAUCCGCCGGCGGUCCUUCACCGAUGAAGAAUACGACCAGCUUGGGGCGCCGUCUCCAGCAGUUUCUGCCGCGCCCCGGGGGCGUGACGAGGAGCGGGCGGACGUCAAGCGCGGCGUUGCUGAUGUUGACACGCCUGUUCCUAUGGACGUCGGACGAGCUACCUUUACACGAACGGGAGGACGUGCAGCUCCCGCUUUCGCUCCCACAGCUCGGGCUCAACAUUCCUCAAUCGGCGGUAAUGUUGGUGUUGCAGCCAACAUGGACGAACAAACAAAUCACAGGACGUCGAGCGUCAACAGCACUAAAGCCGCCCGCAGUAGGAGCCUCGUGAGUUGGAAAAGCCAAGGUGGGAGAGCAGCGAGCAGCCGCACAGAUGAAAUUGACUACAAGGUCUCGUCCCCGAAAAAUGCCCACGCAGAUGCGCGAAAACGGCCCGGCAGUGUGGGAAGUUGCAGUAGCUCUUCCUCGACGUUAAAUAUGUUGAACAGGGGUACCUCUAAGAGUAAUUCUCGCGGCAAUAUCCCGAUCCCGAAUCAAAAUCCGCACAAUUCUCGUGAAGAUGAAGAGGAGGACGGUGCAGCACACCUUGGUCCCCUGCGAACAAUCCCAACAGUGGAGAUCCGAAAUCUGCUGCUCAACUGCAAAAAUAGUGCAGGAACAACUUCUGCGUCCUUCCGGCAUGGCACCUACCAUGCGCGGGACCACCGCAGCGCCGCGCCGCCGCAGCCGGUGCUGACGUUUGAGGACCAUGCGGCGCAGAAACUGACGAAGAUCGUGCGUGGGAAGCUGGUGCGCAACAGCGUGGAGCGGAUGCGGCGCGAGAUGCAUCUUGCCGCGGCAAAGAUCGCCGCCCUCUGGAAGAACAGCGCACACAUCCGCAGCAUUGAGCGGAUGCGCCGGCAGAUCGAGGAGGAGGCCAGGCUUGCGGCCUCGGAUAUCGAGUCUGAGUUCCUCGAGCGCGCGUCCAACCGCAGCUUCAACAACCAGCGGGGUGGAGCGGCAUCCGGCGGGACGAAAUCCGCCUGCGACGAGCAGUCGAACAAGAGCUUUCUUUCCUCCGACUCGGAGGACGAGGAGCAGGACGACCUGGGGGACAUUGUGAACGAGCGUGUGACAAAAGCCGUGGAGAAGAUCGUGGCGGUGCUGCGCGGGCACAUGGACCGCACACAGACGGCCCAGAUGAAAAUGGAAAUGACCGACGCGGCGAACACGAUCAAGGCCUACUUCCGCGGCGCGCGGGAGCGCGCGGAAGUCCGCCGGGUGCGGAAGGCGAUGCACGAGGCCGCCUUCAAAAUUCAGCAAGCUUACAAAGUGCAGAAGUCCGGCCGGGGGGGCAUAUUGUUGGGGCCGAUUUUCGCGGACGGGGUGGAGGCGGCAAACGACGACGAAAUCGAUCUGCGAAUGGCACCCGCUUUGCCAGAAAACUGCUCGGGCGGCUUGGUGGGGGAGAGGAACUUUUGUUCUUCUACGGUUCCUGCCGCGACCGAUCUUCACCUUCACAGCGGGGGAACAACUUUUACACAUUCGCGCAGAACGUCACGGUCCACAACGCAAAUUAUGAAUGGUGCGAACAAUAUCAAUACUUUGGUGGAAUAUGUAAAUUUGGUGGACCACGGCAAGGAGCUUGCAAGUGCAAGUGGUGUCGUGGUUGUUCCGACUUCAUCUACAACUACUUCUAUCAGCACAACCACUGCGACCACCUCCGAGGACAACAAAACCGCAGCGCGCAUUGACCGGGAGAUCAACCGCGCGUGCGAUAAGAUCAGUCGCCAGCUCAGCCGGUUACACAACCUGCAGGCAACUUGUUCUAAGGACCCGAGCUCCUCCAUCCCUGCCACGUCUGAGGAUGACGACCAGACUUCGAAAUCCUCUGCGGCCUCGAAGAUGACGAAGCAACAGCGGAAGCAGGAGGCCCUAAACUCGGCGAAGCUGGAGAUUAUUCACGACGAGACCACGGCCGCCGCGUUGAAGAUCGCGGCCUUCAUUCGCGUAUGCAUUGCAAAAAUGUCUGGGUCUGGAAACUUGUGAUGCGAAAAUGUGAAUGAUGAAAGCAGUUCUGAAUGGACUGCAGCAUAACAACUUUCCAGAACGCUUUCUGAUGGGAAAUCCGCAUGAGAAACUGCGUUUUUGCAUGUUGACAAAAGAGGCUGCGACUUUUGCUGGAUAUGCAAUACAGAUUUCCUAGCAAUGAAAAGCUAGCAUUACAAGUUCCAACUUUCCAGACCCAGACAUAUUUGCAGUGGAUAUCGCGAGAGAUCGAGAAAAUCGCCUCAGCAGGUCCAGCGGGAGACGCAGUUGGUCAAAGAGGAGAUCGGCGCCGCCGUGCGCCGCAUCGACGAAGACUUCCAGCGCAGAAGGACGACUGCUGGGUAGCUUUUGUGUAAUAUGAUUGAGCAGCACUUGGAAUUAUUGCACUUCUUGGGAGUCUUAGUUACGCCUGUUGAGCGACGCGCGUCUAUUGUACGACUUAAUAAAACCACUUCUACUCUUCAUAUCAAAAUUUUUAGGAUCGAAGUCUGUAUUCGGAGCUAGUUUGUGGUUCUCGAUUGCGUUCUCUCACGCAUGAAACGGGAAAGGUAAAAAUUUGUGUGGGAGACACGCAUGCAAGUAUGAACAUGAAUUAUAUGUAAAAGUAAGGAACGAUUCCUGGUGGACUUGAAGUGCUUAGUACUACACACGGAACUUUCUAUUUUCCUCAGUUUCUACUUUUUUCUCGUAGUAGUACUACACAGAGGUGUGAUCCAUUUAGAGCAGAAGCGUCCAAAGCGACACGAGACGCAAAUUUGACGCUUCGGCUCAGUAUAUGAAAGUAGCUAUUUGUGCAGAAAUAGUCUGCUUGUUCUAAUGGACAAAAGAAUUACUAAAUUCGAAUUUCUGUCGCACAAUUAUGGGAAUGUAGCAACUCAACUAACAGCAUUGUGGC